AGCUCACGAGUGCGGUUAAAAAGAGCAAACCUAAGGUGAAAGAGAGAAACUUUUUUGAGCGCACUUCGUCGUUGGUAGACGACUUAUUAUCGGCGCAGUUGUCACACCGUCACGUUUGACACACCUCAUUUCGCCGUUGGUUUGUUAUGACAGUUUACGAGUCACGCUACUGUGUCGUGCCAGAGUUCGAUAAACGACCUGAUCAAGAUAAGGAAAGACACAGAUCGUGAUUUCGAGGUUAUUACAGAGCUCACGUACAAUGACGGAGCGUUACAUUUAUACUCGUUGACAUUUACGGAGCGACAUGCAUAACAUGUUCGCCGAGGAUGAGAAUAUGGAGCAGAAUUGCCCGGAGAAGAAAACCAUAAGAUUCCGCGGUACCGGCAAGUCCAAGGGACAUGUAUCACCUAAUAACAAACGGGUGGAGAAUGUCGAGUCUCCGCACUGCAGGGAAGAGUUACCGGAGGCGGAAGAUUUGAAAAAGAAACAAGGUGUAUCGUUGAUGCAAUUUUUAAGGACGGAAUUAACGAGAGGCUAUCAGCUGGAACACGAUGAGGAAAGAUUCUCAGCUAGGAGGGAGAAGAUUUAUUCUUUUCUACAAAUACCCAAAGAAGUGGAAAAGUUUAUGCUUUAUGGUUUCCUUCAGUGUGCAGAUUCUUUCCUCUUUGUGUACACAUUUUUACCAUUGAGAUUCACAAUGGCUCUAUGGGCGGUGAUUACGAGGCCCUUGCGACAUUGUUUGAGAAGUGGGAAGUUUCGUGCGAAAAAUACAGGAAAGUAUCUAAGUCCGGCGGAAGUGUGUGAUUUACUGAAAGGAGUUGUAGUGGUAGGUUGUUGGGCAGCCACCUGGAAAGUAGACACCUCCAUGAUGUAUCAUUUAGUUAAGAGCCAGUCGGUUAUAAAAUUGUACAUAUUCUACAAUAUGUUAGAAGUAGGAGAUCGUCUUUUCAGCGCUUUCGGCCAAGAUACUAUAGACGCUCUGCUUUGGACUGCCACAGAACCGCGCUCGCGUUCGUCCCGUAGGCAGCACUUGGGUACACUGCCGCAUCUCUUAUUCGCCGUUGUUUAUGUGCUGUUGCACAGUAUUUUGGUGUUGUUCCAAGCUACAACACUGAAUGUAGCGAUCAAUAGCAGUAACAAAGCUCUCCUCACGAUUAUGAUGUCCAAUAACUUUGUAGAACUGAAGGGCUCGGUCUUCAAGAAAUUCGACAAGAACAACUUGUUCCAAUUGUCUUGCUCGGACGUUCGAGAGAGGUUUCACUUGACCAUGCUGCUGCUCGCAGUGAGCUUGCAAACGAUGAAAGAGUACGCAUGGCACAGCGACCGUCUUGCUGUUCUGUUGCCCGAUUGCGCGUUGGUGUUGUUCGCUGAAGUCCUGGUUGAUUGGGUGAAACAUGCGUUCAUUACACGUUUCAACGAGUUGCGCUCGACAGUCUAUCGAGACUACACAGUGAGCCUCGCGUACGACAUGGCGCAAACUCGAAAGGAGACAGCGUUCUCGGAUCCCUCGGACUUGGUGGCACGGCGAAUGGGCUUCAUACCUCUUCCGCUGGGCGUAGCCAUGGCGCGCGUCCUAUGCACAACCGUGACACCAUCUGCGAGACCGGCGAAUCUGAUACUUCUGCUGUUAGCUUACUUCAUACUGGUAGCUCUCCGCAUACUGAACAGUAUCGUCAUUCUGGGUAGAGCGUGCGACCUGAUGUCGUCGCGCACGCACGCCGAGAAGGAGGAAGCGAAUUUAAAACGUCCGCCGCUAACGAAACGUGCUAAUAGCGUCGACAUGAAGAAACCAAAUCUCGGCACAGCUAUCUUCUCCAACAGUGCUGUCAGCUUGAACAACGUCUGCCUGAACGAGGCGUUCCUCCAGGAGGAGGCGGCGCCGGUGGUGCCGCCGACGGCGGCGGCACAGAAAGCUGAGAAACUCGCGUGUAAUGUGAACGAUCUUCCGAGCGUGACGAAAACCGUGCUAAGGACAGGAAGCGAGCCCCUUCUCCCACAAUGACGUCACUUCAUAGUACAAUUUAAACGCAACGGGUUUUCUAUUUAUGAAUUGUACAUAUUUUCCGUUGUACAUAUACACAUGUGAGUAUCGGUUCUGUGCGUCUCGUUCUUCUCUCUCUUGCAGUAAUACUUACCAGUAAUGUUUCUAUGUACAUGUGUAUAAAGGGUAAUAAUACAUUUGGUUACUAUUUAUUCGUA